AUGGGAAAUAAACAACCAAAGACUAUCUUUAUGGAUGAAGAUAGAUCAAUGGCAAGUGCAAUUGAAGUUGCACUUCCAAAAGCAUGCCAUCGGUUAUGUACUUGGCAUAUUGCUAAAAAUGCUACUAUACAUCUUGCUAGCUAUUAUGGUAAUCCAGAGUUCAAGAAGCAUUUCAACAAAUGCUUUCAUGGUUGUUACAAUGAAGUUGAAUUUCAAGCUGCAUGGGAUGACAUGAUUUUGAAAUUCAAUCUUGAUAGUCAUCCAUGGCUAAAAAAGCUUUAUGCACUUCGGCAAAAAUGGUGUCAAGCUUUUAGCUUAGAUACAUUCUCAGCGAAUAUUAAAUCCACCCAAAGAAGUGAGAGCACAAAUAAUGUCUUCCACCAAAUUUCCACGAAAACUAUGGAUCUUGUGGAUUUUGUACACCAUUAUGAGAAUAAAAUAGAAGAAAUGCGACUAGCUGAGUUGGAAGAAGACUUCCAUUGCAAGAAUGGCAUGCCUCAUCUCAGAGUAAAGAGUGGAAUUUUUAAGCAUGCAGCCACAUUUGAAGAAGGUUGCAAAAGGAUCUUUAAAGUUCAGUUUAGCUCUCUUACUUCUACAGUUUCAUGUUCAUGUAAAUUAUUUGAAUCAAUGGGAUUAUUGUGCUGUCAUGCUCUUAAAGUGCUAGAUUCAAAAAAUUUUACAUGUAUACCUGAACAAUACAUAAUGAAGAGAUGGAGCAAAGGAGCAAAAAAGGGAAUUGUGGCUAGUUAUGAUUUGUCUGACUCACUUGAUAAAGAGAAGAAAUCUGCACAAUCAUUGCAUUUGAGUGAGUUGAUGCAUCAAGGAAAUUUUGUUUUUAGUGUAGGUUCCCUAAGUGAUUUGGGAACAAAGAUCGUCAAACAAAAGUUAAUGGAAGCCAUGAAGAUACUUGAAAAUGAUGAGGAAACUGCAAAUGUGAUGGGAAACUUGAACAAAAAAGAUAACCAGAUAAAUAAUAAUGUGUCAUCCAAUGAGUGUCCGGUGCUUAAUCCCCCAAUAAUAAGAGCUAAAGGUGUGACAAAUGCUCGAAUAAAAAAUAGCUUGGAGAAGAGGAAAAAGAAAAGUGCAAAAGUUGGGAGUUCAUCUCAAUCUUCAAGGCCUAAUACUAUGAGUUUUGCUUUCCUCAACUGUCCCUUUGUGAUGGAGGUGCAGAAACACAAUAACAGUUUGAUGGAGGUGCAGAAACACAACAACGGCAGCACGAUAUACAGAAACAUGCCAACAGCAGCAGCACGGCAGCAAUACAGCAACACCAGCAGCACGGCAGCACCAGCAGCAACACAGAAGCACCAACAGCACGGCAGCACCAGCAUCAAUACAGCAGCACCAGCAGCAACAAUGGCAGCAGCAGCAGCAGUAACAGCAAGCUCAAAGAAGCAACAACUUCAGCAUGAACAGUAA